AUCUCUAAAUUAAUUGGGAUUCUAAUUGGGGUUAUUUAAUAACCCCAAUCUUAAACCCAUUAUUAAUCAACAGCACACUCCAACAAACAACAAACAACAAACCAGCCAAUAAUCCUUUUAAAAUUACCCCAGCCCACAACCCAAUUGCAAGAUGCGGCCCAAAACCACACCACCUGACCCAGCCCAACUCCCAAUUCUUUAUCCCCUUCAAUUAACGACAACAACCAACGAUAACAACAAUUCCCACGAAGAAGACAGCCUUCAUCGAUCAACAACAGCAAUACGUCAACACCAACCAAACCCAGACCCCAUCUUCAACCCGGAUUCAGCCCGAAAUCCGGCGAAACCAGUAACCAACUCCAUCAGCUUUGCGACCCGACUUUCUCCAUACUCGUCAGGUGCCUUCCCACACGAAAAUAGCACGAGAAUCAUUGAGGAGCUUCUAGAAAAUCAAUAGGUGGCAGCCAAGUCAUGAUUUCAACGAAUGUUCUCCAAUUUUUGUGGAGAAUUUGUUAGAUUCGUACUGAAAAGGUACAUAUGUGCUCGAUUCCAAUUGGUUGAGAAAAAAUCCAUUUUCCAGGAUUCCCCAAUUUGAAACCCAUUCAGGAAAAUCAAAAUGGGGGUACAAUCGGCUACUACCCUCAUCAUUUGAAUUUCAAAUUUCCCCAAAAAGAAUCCCAAAAAUAUCCCUCAAUGGUCCUCUAUAUAAGCGACCCUUUGUGAAGCUGAAAGGGGAUUUUUUUUUUUGGACUGAGGGUUGGAGAUUUUUGAGGUUCAGAAAAUCAGGAGUCGAGAUUUAGGGUUUGAAAAGAGGGGUUUCUUUUUUUUUUUUGGCUUUUUGGGGAGGGGUUAGAAAUCUUGUUUGAAGAUUAGAAGGUUAGAGACAAGAUUUCGAAAGAAACUGAAGGAAUUUUUUUCUUAAGAUGGUUCGAAAGGCUGAUUAGAAGUUGGGUUGGGGAUUCUGAAAUCAAAGAAGUUUAUUUCAUCGAAAAUUUCUCAUCCAUUGUUUCUUGGAAGCUAGUCGAUCAAUGGGAAGUUUCCCGAGUCGACAACAUUAGCUCCCAAUGGGGAUAAUUUUGCUGAUAGCUCGAGUCCCAUUUUGCCGCCCUAAAAGAGUCCAAACGGACUCUUUUCCAAUUGUCGCAUUACCCAUGUGGGCCAUUGAGGCCCAUCCAUCAUGAGUUGAUUUCGGAACAAUCACCUAGGAUACGGAUACCGGGAGUCGAACGAAGAAAAGUGGGUUAAAAGUCCCAUAUUCGAAGCGGCCAAGAGACUGGAAAGUCUCGGUUUUCCAUUUCAUUUGUUCAUUUUAUCCUUCUCCAUUUUUUUCUUUAUUUAUUUAGUUAUUUAUUUUUAUUCGUUCAUUUGGGCCACGAAGCCAAGGUUUUAUUUAAUACAGGUGGAGGCAAGAUCCGAGCCAAAGGAUCGAAAAGUAGACUAGGACAGGUGAAAUGUGUCAAAGGCCCAAUUAGACUGGGACAUGUAUUGUUGGUUUGGGCCCAACGGCCUAAAUCAUUUACUUUCUCCCCUUCCCCCUUUUCUUUAUGCUUGUUUGCCUUAUGUGCUUUGCGAACCUAGUUAAAUCCUUAGUUAAGUCGCUAAAAAACUAGUUUUGCAUAAACACCAAAAUAUUUCCAAAAGAACUUUCCAAAAAAAUCAAUCACUUUUCGACAAAAUAAACUUUUUCAAAGUUAGUCAAAGACGAUUUUCAAACAUUUCGGAUAACCGAAAGUUAGCGGAUGUUUUAGGUGCCUAAAACUUUAAAAUGUUAAUAUGAACCGCUUACUUAGAAUCUCUUAACUAAACGAUUUUCCUGUUUUGAAUCGUUUUAAGUAACUCUUUAAAGGUUUAUUAAUUCCUUUUCAAAAUUAAGUGGCGACUCUUUCAAAAGUCAAAAUUUUUCUGCAAAAUAGAAAUGACAGACUCUGCUGGGGAUUUGUAUCUAGGUUCUAACCAAAUGUUGGAUUUCGUUUUUUGAUUAACUGUUUAUGUGUUUAUAUGUUUCGAUUUUAUAAAGUUUAACUAUCAUAUCUCAUGGCAUAUUCUUACAUUAUUUAAACUAUUUUGGGGUUUUGUGGGUAUCCCGGCCCUUAUUGAUCAAUUCUAAAAAUGUGUUGGAAAUACAAACAAUUUAUUGGCACGUGAGUCGUCUGAUGGCUCUUUGUAUUUUCAAACUCAAGUUGUCCGCUUGAGAACCAGUGUUCAAACCCAUUCUAGACACCGAGGAUAAAACGAAAUCAAAACCCUAUUUCAGGCAUGAGCGUAGGACAACCCAAUACCCGAGUGGGGCAUUGGGCUCAUUAGAAAACAUGCCCUAUGUCUAUUGACUCCGAGUCAAUCACAGACGGGUCAUACUUAUGUGUUGGAGAAAUAUAUGCUUGUCUAAAUUUAAUCCAUUACCCUUUGAGGUUGGGGUAAGGCUUAUCUUUGUCUUUUUUUUAUGUAGAUAUGGCUCAAUUUCAUUUCCGUGAAAAGUUUAAGAUGGUUACCAAACCUGACGAUUACCUGAAAUUGUGGUGGGAUUACAUGGGUCCAGAUGAGAGAAAAAUUGUUAGGACACACACCGGGCACCUGCCUUUGUUGAUCGAAAUGGACGCUUGGCCUGAAAUGAUCCACGUGCUUAUGAUUUUUUGGGAUGAUCAGAAUAUGGUGUUUCACUUUGAGGAUGUGGAAUUGACUCCUACCAUCGAAGAAGUGUUAAUUUGCUAUGAGAGUAUUGAAAUGUGUUUCAAGAGAAAGGAAAAACCUAAUAAGAAUAUUUUAGUUCCUGCCGUGUGGGAUCGUCAAACAAUCAAAGAGGCAUUUUUAACUGACGACGACAUCUGGCUAGGAAAACAUGAUGGAGCAAAUAUCACUUUUCGGGAGUUGUAUCGUCGGUUUGGAAUAUUCAAUGCCUUCCACAAAUUUGGACAUAAAUUUGAGUCCGAAGCAAAAUGGAAGGAGAUGAGAGACUUUGCAUUUGCGGUAGGUCUACUCGGAACCAUGGUGUUCCCACAAGGGGAAAAUGGCACAAUUCAUCCAAGGGUUGUUACGGUGGCCCAUGCACUUUUCUUUGGAGUAGAUUACGAUUCUACCAAGGUAUUCCAUAAUUUAGCUCCCAUGAUUGUCGCCAACAUAUAUCGAGCCUUAGGAAGGUGUCAAGUCAAAAACCAUUUCUUUCAAGGUUGCAACCUAAUUUUACAAUGGUGGAUGAUGAAGCAUUUGGUAAAGGAUUCGAGAACGGUACAACCUGAUCAUAAAACAAGGGUGGAUAUGCUAACUUCGCACGACAUGUGGUUGUUUCUACACAGGUUCAAAAGGAAAGCAUCUCACGAAUUUUGGUUUAAGACUUUUGAGGAAUUAAGAGAUGACGAUGUGCAAUAGUCCAUUAACUCUCUUUGUUCAGGGAAAUACACCAUUUGAGGGGGCAAGUGGCCUUUCCUAGUGCUUCCUGGUCUCAGAGGGACCCGGCCCUACAAUCCUGGCAGAGUUCUUAGGCAAUUCGAGAUUAAGCAGGAGGCACCACAAAUAGAUUUCAUGCUUAGGUUUUUCACCGAAUAUGAUAAAAGUGAGUCUUCACUCAAAGAAGGUAUGAUAAAUGGAUAGAGAACAAGAAGGUGGAUGGAAGUGACCUUCCGUAUAGAGCAUGACCCUGAAGUCAGCAAUACUUACAAGGAGUGGUUGAAAAAGAGUCUCACCGGAGCAUUGAGAAUGUGCCCACUCGGGUUAUGGAUGUAGAAUUCGAGCAUCAAAUUCGGCUCCAUAGGCUACAAGAUGAGUUCUAGAAAAGUGAAAUUGUGUACCAGCAGAUACCCAUGGAGGACGCUUUAACUAUACGUAUGUUGAGGGAAGAGUUGAAAAGAGCUAGGAAAGAAGCUGAUGAUGCUAGGUAAUGUCUAAUCGAUUUGGAUGAUAGCAUGGCCUCCCAACUCGAUAGUAUAGGGAAAAUGACUUACGACUGCAAGACACAAUUAUGCGGGAGUCAUCUUAUCAUCAAUAGGUAUCAAAUAGCACAGGAGGUAAACAAGGCAAAGAAGGCAAAGACAGACAAAGGAGCCUCCAGUAGGUAGUUUUUCUGUUUCCCCUGCGCGGGAACUUAUCUUCUUUCAUGUUAUUUCCCUUUUCCCCUAAAGAUUGUAUCCCUUUUUAGUUAUCUUUUGUAGGCAUUUAUGCCAUUUUUCGUGUCUAUAUGAGUUGGGGGUCAAUGGAUUGAC